CUCCUGUCUCUAUUCUAUUUUUUCCCUUCUGUUCAUCGUCCGACUCGACAUGGAAGACCCUCUUAGCUCUGGCGGCUGGCGUUUCGCUCAGUGUUUUGGUGACAAGGGCGAUAUCGAGGACAUUACAGAAGCUGACAUCAUCUCAACCGUGGAGUUUGACUCUACAGGAAACUAUCUCGCUACAGGCGACAAGGGUGGUCGAGUGGUUCUUUUCGAGCGUAAUGAAUCGAAAAAGGGCUGCGAAUACAAGUUCUACACGGAGUUCCAGUCACAUGAGCCGGAAUUCGAUUACUUGAAGUCGCUGGAAAUCGAAGAGAAGAUCAACAAGAUCAAGUGGUGCAGACGACAGAACUCGGCGCAUUUUCUUCUAUCAACAAAUGAUAAAACCAUUAAGUUGUGGAAGGUUUUUGAGAAGUCAUUACGGGUGGUCUCAGAGUCAAAUCACCAUAACGGCCAGCAAUCCCUGCCAGCGCCUACGGCGCGCAAUCAUCUCAGACUGCCUCGGAUGGCCCUCCAGGAUAACAUCAUCGCCGCCGUACCCCGCAAAGUCUAUUCAAACGCUCACGCGUACCACAUACAUUCGAUCUCCGUGAAUUCAGACCAGGAGACGUACAUUUCUGCUGAUGAUCUACGAAUUAACCUUUGGAACCUGAAUAUCAGCGACCAAAGUUUCAACAUCGUGGAUAUCAAGCCGGUCAACAUGGAAGAGCUAACUGAAGUCAUCACAGCCACGGAGUUCCAUCCCAUACACUGCAACCUCUUCAUGUACUCAAGUUCAAAAAGCAACAUCAAACUUGCAGACAUGCGAGACUCUGCUCUAUGUGAUCGGCAUGCCAAAUGCUUUGAGGAAGAGGAAGACCCUACGACACGAUCAUUCUUUUCGGAAAUCAUAUCCUCCAUCUCGGAUGUCAAAUUCAGCCAUGACGGGAGGUAUAUCCUGUCAAGAGACUAUUUAUCCCUGAAGAUCUGGGAUGUUAAUAUGGAGUCGCGGCCUGUGAAGACGAUCCCAAUUCACGACCACUUGCGGGGCAAACUCUGUGAUCUGUACGAGAAUGAUUGCAUAUUCGACAAGUUCGAGUGUGUGUGGGGUGGUGAUGACAAGCACGUGCUGACUGGGUCAUACCACAACUAUUUCCGGAUAUACGAUACAGAUACAUUGAGCGACGUCGUUCUUCAAGCAGACAAGUCGGCGUUCAAGGCGAGGAAGAUUGGGGGUGCCAUGCCUGGGGCAAAGCUUGGAGUGAAGAACGGAACUCGUCCGGGGGGGUUCAAGGAUCAGAUGUCGCUCGAGGCAUUAGACUUCAAUAAGAAGAUCCUGCAUGCGAGCUGGCACCCGAGGGAAAACACUAUCGCUAUUGCGGCGACAAACAAUCUCUUCUUGUAUAGUGCCGCAUGAGAUCAAACUGAUGUCAUCUGUCUUAAUGUUUACCCCAACCUUGACCUGCUCCCACCCUGCAUUAGACGGACCGCAAAACGACACUAUACAUAUCGGAUAAUGACAACACGGAACAUUUUUUUGCGAAUCCCCACCUUUUUCAGCAUAAUCCAUUGCGUUUUCAGUUCAUUUUACUUACAG